AUGUUUGGAUGGGGUGAUUUUCAUUCCAACAUCAAAACAGUGAAGCUAAACCUGUUGAUAACUGGGAAAAUUGUCGAUCAUGGCAAUGGGACGUUUAGCGUUUAUUUCAGGCACAAUUCCACUGGUCAAGGGAAUGUAUCUGUCAGCUUGGUACCCCCUACGAAAAUAGUGGAAUUCGACUUGGCACAACAAACCGUGAUUGAUGCCAAAGAUUCCAAGUCCUUUAACUGCCGCAUUGAGUAUGAAAAGGUUGACAAGGCUACCAAGAACACACUCUGCAACUAUGACCCUUCAAAAACCUGUUACCAGGAGCAGACGCAAAGUCACGUGUCCUGGCUCUGCUCCAAGCCCUUUAAGGUGAUCUGUAUUUACAUUUCCUUUUAUAGUACAGAUUAUAAACUAGUACAGAAAGUGUGUCCCGACUACAACUACCACAGCGACACCCCUUACUUCCCCUCCGGAUGA